CACUCGUCUCGGAAUGAUGCUUCUAUAAAUGUCAGGUUUGAAGCCAUUGUUAUUGCUCAUACGGUAUACAAUUCAAAGUUCAUCAUCAAUAAAUCGAUCUGAUCUCUCACACUGUCUCUGUCAAUAUCAAUCAUGGAGCUCUUGAUGUUGGUACCCUUUAUGCUUGCCCUCUUGUAUCCAUUCAUGUUCCUCCUCAUCAAGCUGGUUCAUCAAUGGAGAGAACAGGGCACCUGCUACAUACUCCACUACGAGUGUUUCAAGCCCUCUGGCGACAGAAAGGUGGACACUGAAUUCUGCGGCAACAUCAUCCUGCGAAACAAGAACCUGGGCAUCAACGAGUACAAGUUCCUCUUGCGAGCCAUCGUCUCUUCCGGCAUUGGCGAGGAGACAUACGCACCCAGAAACGUCAUUUCUGGCCGAGAAGAAUCUCCCACACUACUCGAUGGCAUCUCCGAGAUGGAAGAAUUCUUCUACGACACACUCGACAAGCUUUUCCAUCGCACCGGAGUUCCACCGUCGGAAAUCGACAUACUCGUCGUGAACGUGUCGUUGUUCUCGCCGGAGCCCUCCCUGGCGGCGAGGAUAAUCAACCGUUACAAGAUGAGGGAAGACAUCAAAGUCUUUAAUAUCUCCGGAAUGGGUUGUAGUGCGAGCCUUAUCUCCAUCAACAUCGUUCAAAACAUCUUUAAGACUUACAAGAAAGCGUUCGCCGUCGUCGUCACGUCGGAGUCUAUAAGCCCAAAUUGGUAUUCUGGCAACGACAAGUCAAUGAUCUUGGCCAAUUGCCUAUUCCGCUGCGGUGGGUGCUCUGUUCUACUGACAAACAACCAGAGUUUAUGUCACCGGGCAAUGUUCCGGCUCAGGUGCCUUGUCCGGACGCACCUGGGCGCCAGCGACGAAGCCCACGAGAGCGCGCUUCAGAAGGAAGACAAUCAAGGGCGACCUGGGUUUCACCUGAGCAAGAACUUGCCCAAGGCUGCCACCCGAGCCUUCUUCAAGAACCUGAGAGAGCUAGCCCCCAAGGUUCUGCCUCUCAGGGAGCUGCUCAGGUACUUCAUUGUGUCACAACUCCGGCGUGCCGGAACGUCAUCGUCUGGCAAUAAAGCCGUUCCGACUGUAAAUUUCAAGACCGGGAUUGACCAUUUUUGUCUCCACACGGGAGGAAAGGCGGUGAUCGAUGGUGUCGGGAAGAGCCUGGGGCUGACAGAGUACGAUUUGCAGCCGGCAAGGAUGACCCUUCGCCGGUUCGGCAACACAUCGGCGAGUAGCCUGUGGUAUGUGUUGGGGUACAUGGAGGCGAAUAAGAGGUUGAAGAAAGGUAAUAAGGUGUUGAUGAUCAGCUUCGGUUCAGGCUUCAAAUGCAACAGUUGUGUGUGGGAGGUGAUGAGGGAUUUGGAGGAUGGGAACGUGUGGGAAGAUUGCAUCGCUAACUAUCCUCCCAAAGCUUCUGUUAAUCCUUUCAUGAACAAGUUCGGUUGGGUCAUGGACGAGAAGCCUGAAACUGUCACCGUCCCUGUGGAUUGAAGAUUUUAGAUUCACAUUCUUAGGGCUUCCUCUUUCUUACGAUUGGGAUGCUCAAAAUUGUUAAUUAAUGAAAUAAGGCCCGUUUGAUAACGUUUCAAGAAACACAUUUCUACCGUUUUUACAUCCAGCAAUGGUAGAAACGGAAUAAAAAACGUUCGAUAAAA